AUGUACGUCGACGCCGCGCGACGUAACGCCUCGGCGGGGCAUUACUUCAGGCGAGCGUUUCGUUGGCGACAGAUGGAUGUGGAGUACUCGCUCUGGCAGGCGGCGUCGAUGUGCGUCAACCCAAAGGCGGUGUAUCGACACACGACGUACAGGAAACAGACGAAAAAUCAGUGGGCGAGAGACGAUCCGACGUUCGUGGUGAUGUCGUGCGUGUUCGUGACGGUGGCGGCGAUUGGAUACUGCGCGAUGUACGGAGGAGGCGGGGCGAGCGCGACGGCGCGAAUCGCGGCGCGGUGCGCGGUGGGCGAUUAUCUCGGCCUCGGGUGCGUCUUGGCGACGGUGUCGUGGUACUUAGCGAACACAUAUUUGCGAACGAAGCACAUGGGCGGCCAUUCGCACGCGGUGGAACAAAGAGUGGAGUGGAUGUAUGCGUUCGACGUGCACUGCAACGCCUUCGCGCCGACGUACGUCGUCCUGUACGUCCUCCAGCUCCUCCUCAGUCCCCUGUUGAGACGCAGUGGAUACUUGGCGAGCGCGUGCAGUUGCGUGAUGUACGCCAUCGCGUUGGCGUAUCACAACUAUUGCGUCUUCGUCGGCUACAACGCGUUGCCGUUUCUCGAGCGCACCGAAUUCUUCCUCUACCCCGCCGCGCUCGUCCUCGUCCUCGCGCCGUUCGCCGCGCUCGUCGCGUUCAAUCCCACGCGAUUCGUGCUGUGGCUUUACUUCGGCCCCGGCGCCUUGAUCGAUUAG